AUGCCACGAGAGUGCGGAACCAAAUCCGAGGCCGCAGAUGACGUGUGUCGCCUGACAAGUUGUUGGCAGGAGAUGUUUGGCUCGGCUUGGCGGACGGCCUUCUCUGUGUCUUCAUCUUCAGUCCACAGCGUGAUGGCAGCACUCCUCCGCUCGUGGAUCGAAUCCACAAUCAUCAAUCACGACGCGCAGUACGGCGCCGACCUUGGCCCAUUCCUAACCACCCCCGUCCUCUGCCAGCUCAUCAAGUUCACGACCCUCCGCGGCUCGCAGGCCGAUGGGCAGAUUACGGCCGUCAUCUCAGACCAGACGCAUCGCGUUAACGUAGCAUUCGACCAGCACGCCGCCGACUCGUACGAAUUGUCUAAAGCUGGCGAGGAGCCAGAACGCUUAACGAGCUUACUCCGCUCCGUCCUUCGACUGAGACAAUACUCGAUCACCCUCCUUCCCCCAUCGUAUCGUAACAAGCACCAAAUUCCCCGCGUCCUCAUCGUCGUACACCGUUGGGAAGUCGUUACGGGCGACCGACAGGAUCCAAUAUACUUCCCCGACGCGAAGCACCUCGGGCGAGGCCAAACCACACAAGACGAGGCCGUCAAUCGCGUGCUGCAGAAGUGGUGGCUGGGAAACUCGCAGAAGAUACAGCCGUCCCCCAUAUCCGUUGAGAGAGACCCAGACGACCCAGGAGGGAAGGUCGUAGUUGAGCAGAGGAUGACGGUCGCAAACGCAUCCGCUGGGCCAUCUCGGCCGCGCCAAGUAAGACUGCCUCUGGCCAAGCUUACAUCAGAGCUCAGCCAAGCCCUCCGACUUGUUGGGGGGCAUUGA